CGUACUUGCUCCCUUGCAUGAACGCAUGAACGGGCGCCGGAUCUUGUCCAGGAGGUAUAAAAGCCAUUGACGCCGGUGGAAUCGGUAGCAGUGCUCGUGUUACACCUGUAGGCUCCGUGUUUUAUUUUGAAAUAAUGGCUCCUUUACUAAAAGUAAUAAUUGCAAUGUGCCUGAUCCUGGCCAUUGAGGCCAAUACUCGAGAUGGACCUUUUGCUCCUCGCCGUAGACAGCCCAAUGUGGCUGCCCGUAGUGGUCGUCAAAACUUGGAUUUGGACGAGUUGAUCGAAGAAGCCGAGGACUUGGAGAUCCUGCGAGAAGGCAAGAACUUGGGCGAGAUCUUCCCCUUCGUGGGCGGAGACCGAGGAUCCCCGAGACCUCUUCCGGUUCAAAGACGCGGAGGCUCCGCCCGUCAGUUCCGGAAUGAACCUAAUAUCCAGGAUCAUCAUGAUCACCACCAACAUGAUGAGAACUCCAUUGAAGCCUUCGACGUUCGACCCUCGCGUCAAGGUCAAGGUGAGGAUAUAGCCUUGGAUAUCGGAUCCAUCGCUGCGGCUGGAGAGCGUUGCAUCGACAAGGUUGUGAUGGUAGAGGAGACCGAAUAUGACGACGAGAUUGAGUGCCAUCAUAGUUACACUGAGCGGUGCCACACCACUUAUACCACCGAUUUUGAGCCUCAGCAAGAAGAGGAGUGCGAAGAGAACUUCCGCAAGGAUUGCUUCAUUGAAUAUAAGAAGGUGGCGUCCGAUGAGCCCGUGAGAUUCUGCCAUACUCCCCUAAUUUGUGAGGGUGAAGGUCCAGUCGAGUGCAAGACGGUUUACGAAUCGCAAUGUGAGACCAGGUAUCAUGAGCACGAUGUCGAGGAUGACAUCGUUGAUUGCGAAACUGUUCAGGAGGAAAAGUGCGAGGACGUUUCGCAGGGCUACACCACGGAACAAAAGUGUACCAAGUGGCCCAAACAAGUGUGCAACACCAAACGGGAACAAGUGAAAAAAUACACUCCGGAAACCGAUUGUAAGAAGGUGGCCAGAGACCUUUGUGGACCGUCGGGAUGCAUUCCCCAAGCUGGGCCAGAGGAAUGCUUUGACAAAAAAGAGACCGUGGUUCAAGAGGUUCCUGAGGAGACUUGCAACUUGGAGCCUCAGCGUUCUUGCAAACAUGUGACUAAGCUCGUGCCUUUGCUCAAGCCCAGUGAAGAGUGCGUGGAUAUCCCCAAAGAAGUGUGCACUCGAUCCCGAACCAACCCCCGAAAAGUCCAGAAACCAGUGGUCAAGAAGUGGUGUUACGUGCCUUCUGCCCAAUCUGGAUUGGCAUAAGAGCAGAAUGAUACCCCAUCCCCCCCAUCUCCAUUCAUCCGGAAUGCAUCAUUCUUACAGAAUCUAGUCGAUUGGCUUCUUGUCCAUUCAUACCCAAGUUUCCUCACCGUGCAUCAAUUGCAAUUGUUACUUUUAGUGCCCUGUCCGUUGCCAAAGCACAUUAAGAAAUCAGCUCUUUCUUUCCAAGCUGACAUUGAUCUGGAUCAUAUUUUCAAGUUGUAUCUCUCUUUUUUGACGGUGGUGGAGCAACUUUGUCUCACGCUUGACGUGAUGAAGAAAACAACAAUAAAAGAUGAAGUUCACGAA